AUGACUCGUGUAGGGCAGAGAUGGCACGCUUUAAGAGCUAUCCUCCAUAUCCGCUUCGGCCCCGGUGCCGCAAAACUCCCUCCUAAUGUGACGAGGAUACACAUGGAGUUCGCUAGGCGCGUGGACGGUGGCCACUUCGGUCCCAAGAGAUUCUGGCGCGACAUGCUCCCAAGACUAAAAUACUACAAUCCCGCUAUCCCUAUGAUCGUAAACCGCAAAUCCAACAACGAAGGCGCCGCCAUUAUGUCUGUCUACUUCUCCACCACUGGCGAACCCCUCGAACCCUCCACCCUCCCGCAAACCCCUUCCUCCGCAAUCGACAACUCCAAAGCCCCCGUCCCGCUAGAGGGCCUCGAGCGCGUCGUCAAAAUCGACAUGAAGAACAAGCACUCGGACGAGAUUUAUGAGCACUUCCUCCAGGAGACCAAGGCCGAGGCCGUGCUGCCGGGCCCCGAGGACGAGCAGGAUAUGAAGGAGGCCGAGGAGCUGAGGAUCAAGGGCGAGAAGGACCGUCAGCGGGUAGCCAAGAUCCUGGAGGAGCAGAGGAGGGAGAAGGCUAUGCUUGCCAAGGCGCGUGCCGAGGCUAGCUGA